GCUGUGUUGAACAAUCUUAAGCUGUGCCACACGCAGCAAUCAUGGGAGUUGAGGACAAGAAGAAGAAGGUCCAGAAGGAGAGGCGUCCCGUGAAGCCUACGGAGCAAUGUAUCUGCCAGAUCUGCACGUGCGGGCGGCACCGAUGUCCCCACUCGCAGCCGGGCGCACGUCGCUGGCAGCACACGGAGCUCUACGAUGAGAAGGCCCACAUGGAGUACUCCACCGAGCAGUCCUCCGCCUACCGCUCCUACUCCACCACCCAACACCAGGCGGCGCUCAAGAUGGAGAGGAAGUACGUCGAUUCCAUCAGGAGCGAGAGCGGAGGCACCACAGAAAUCUCAGAGGCACGGGAUGCCAACACCUUAGCUGGCCAACAGUAUACGUCGUCUUCAACUGAGCAGCAGAGUUCCUCUAAUGUACAACAGAGCUCCUUCUCCAGUGUGCAGAAGAGCUCAUCCUCAAGUGUACAACAGAGCUCUACCGUCCAGGAGAGUUCCAGCAGCACCAAGUUGCAGGAUGCUUCCACAUCACAAGUUGAGCAGCAUAUAAGCUCCUCUUCAAAUAAAACAAAGGAGGACUUACAGCAAUUCACCAACUCUCUCUCCGUCAAGGACGAGCAUUUCAGCACCCAAGAGAAGCAGCAGCAGCAACAGGGAAGGCUCUCUACAAGUGGCGCUCACACUACCUCGCAGGACUCACAGGCAGUGUUGGGGGCCGGGGGAGCCAGCUCGGCACUACGGACCCAGGGAGACGGCGGCGGUGGUUACACUGCAGUGACCGACUCCUCCCUGGCCAGCCGCCGCCAUGCUGGCUCCACCUCCCUUGUGUCCUCCACUUCCCACUCUUCCUCAUCUGUCAUCAGAGAACAGUCCUCCUCAACUUCCAUCACCUCAAGCUCACACGAGUUGUCCAGCUCAGACUCACAUGCUCAAACAGCCGCGACUGUCAGUAUCUCUGGCAAUAGUUCUCAUGAAUUCCUGCAGAAUGCCCGUUCAGAGACAAGCAAGCAAGUUUCUGAGAGUAAGAGUUUCUCCCAGAAGAGCAUGUCAGAAAGCGAGCAGAUAGAGCUGGUGCGAGAGAGCACUUCUGAGAACAAACAUAUGCACACAAGUAUAGACGAAAGCAGUCACGAGAGCAGGUCACACAGUCAGCAAGUAGCCUCACUUAAUGAACAAAGACUAUCAGAGAGUCAGCAAAUGUUACGGAGUCAGCAAAUGUCAGAGAGACAACAGAUAUCAGAGAGUCAGCAGAUCUCAUCCAUAAGUCAGCAUAUAUCACAGACAGAACAGAUGUCAUCAGCACAUCACGAGAUGUCAUCAAUGACUCAACAAAUAUUAGAAAGACAGCAGAUGUCAUCAAUGAAUCAGCAACAGCUAUCAGAGAUGCAGCAAACAAUACAGAUGUCACAGCAAAGGGAGGAGUCCCAUCGCAAGGCUGUGAAGGCCAGCCACGACUCCAGCACCACAGAGUCUCAGACAAAAGCAUUGCAUCAAGUUGUUGACAGUAGGGAUGUGAGAACCAAACAAGACAUUUCCAGCAUAAAACUUGGUGAAGAUUACUAUGGAAAGAGUAGUCACAAGGAAGAAUUUAUGACAGUAUCAGGUGGAGUUCUUACAGCUAAGCGACCACAAGAUUCCCUGACGCUGAAGGGUGACCUUUAUUACCCAGAAAAGACAUCACCAGGAAAAGGAGAUAGAGCUGAUGUUAAGAGGCCAACAGACAACUUAAGGCCAGAAGGAGACUUCUCAGCCCCAGAGAAGUCUUUACCUGGCCAAGGAGACCGAGCUCAUGUCAAAAGACCAACUGAUAACCUACGACCAGAAGGUGACUUCACUGCACCCGAAAAAACUUCUCCUGGCAGGGGAGAUCGAGCUCAUGUCAGAAAACCAUCUGAUAACUUAAGAACAGAAGGUGAUUUUACAGCACCAGAAAAGACCACACCCGGGAAGGGUGACCGUGCUGAUGUCAAGAGACCAUUAGAUAACCUAAGACCAGAAGGAGACUUCUCUGUACCUGAUAAAGGAUCCCCAGGUCAAGGCGACAGAGCAGUCGUAAAAAGACCACAGGACAACCUAGCUCCGUCUGGCGAUUUUGAUGGUGUCAGCACUCAUAAAAACAACUACAAUGUUGUCCAGGGUGACAGAGCAGAGACCAGGCAUUACAAAGAUUCUCUAAAACUUGAUGGUGAGUUCAACAGUGUCACAUCUAGCAAGGAGACAUACCAGAAAUACGAUUCAUUUUCCCAUACAGAACGUCUUAUACACGAAGAUAAUAUUAAGAUUGACGGUGAAAUGGAAACUAUGAUGUCCUCUUCUCAAUCUGAAUACUAUGAGAAAUCUGGGGAUAGACCUAAAUUACAACGUAAGAAGACAUGGACCAAACUAGAAGGAGAGAUGUAUAUGAACCGAUCCAGUGAGGAGUACAAGGCAUACCAGCAGUCUGAAAAGUCUCAUAUUACCCGGCAUGAAGAUAACUUGAAGAUGGAAGGAUUAUUUGAGGGGAAGACUAGGGAAUCUUUGGUGAUGAAAGGUGAUAGAGCACCUGCCAAACGUCACCCAGACAACCUAACUCUAGAGGGAUCAUUUGAAGGUAAACCAAUAGAAGGUGCCCCUCUUGGUGAGAGGGCACCAAUGAAGAAAUACCCAGAUAAUCUUAAGCUGGAAGGUGACUUUGAAGGGAAGCCAACUGAUGAAGCUCCAGCUGGAGAACGAGCAGGGAUUAAACGUUAUCCUGAUAAUCUGAAACUGUCUGGUGACUUUGAACCUCGACCAGCUGGAGAAAUACCAGUGACUGACAGACAACAAAUCAAAAGAUAUCCUGACAAUCUGCGCAUGGAGGGAGAAUUUACAGGUCGGUCUAGAAGUCGUAGCCCAGUAAAAGGAGAGCGCUCAGUGCCAAAACGCCACCCUGACAAUCUCAAGAUGGAAGGAACCUUUGAAGGUACAGAUCGAAGUAAAAGCCCCACAAAGGGUGAACGUGUAUCUCCCAAGAAGCACCCUGAUAAUCUAAAGGUAGAAGGAGAUUUCUUAGGUCGAUCGCCUGAGUUUCAGCCCAGGGGAGAACGCGCUGCAAUCAAGAAGCAUCCUGACAACCUUAAGAUGGAGGGAGAUUUUGAAUCCAAACCAAGAGGCCGUAGUCCAGUUAAAGGAGAACGAGUCAAAACCAAAAAACAUCCAGAUAAUCUUAAACUCCAGGGAGAUUUUGAAGGAAAACCAAGUGACACUACACCAAUCAGAGGAGAGCGAGCCAAGGUAGUUCGUCAUGAAGAUCAGCUGCAUAUGGAAGGGGAAUUCGAUGUAUCAAGAAAGGAGCAGGUGAUAUACAAAGGUGAAAGAGCUGAAAUUAAACGACAUGAGGAUUCUUUACGAAUGGAGGGCAGCUUCACAGGAAAAGAAUAUGAUUAUCAGAAAUUCCAGGGAGAAAGAACACAUGUGGUAAAACAUGAAGACAAUUUACGAAUGCAGGGUGAUUUCAUGGCCCCCGAACAUGAAAAAGCCCCUACAGGAGUCAGAGAACCAAUAAAGAAAUAUCCUGACAAUAUUAAACUAUCAGGAGACUUCAUGGGCAAACCACAAGAAGACGUUCCACAUGGAGAGAGAGCACCAAUCAAAAGACAUCCUGACAAUUUACGCAUGACUGGUGAUUUCCAGGGAAAAGAAGAAGAGUAUAGAAUUAUCAAAGGUGAAAGAGUUAAAGUUGUGCGUCAUGAAGACAAUCUACACAUGGAAGGAGAAUUCACUGGCAAGGAGUAUGAACAGGUAACAAUGGGUGAAAGAGUAUCUGUAAAGAGGCAUCCAGACAAUCUAAAAAUGGAUGGAGACUUUGCUAGUAAACCAAAGGAAGAUGUACCACAUGGAGAGAGGGCACCUAUCAAAAGGCAUCCUGACAAUCUUAAGAUGGUGGGAGACUUUGCAGGAAAGCCACGUGAAGAUGCCCCCUUUGCACAGAGAGCCCCUGUCAAGAAACAUCCUGAUAACCUUCAUAUGGAUGGUGACUUCUAUGCUCCAAAACCUGGAGAGGCUCCAAGAGGAGAACGUGCUCCAAUCAAGAGACAUCCCGAUAACCUUAAAAUGGCUGGUGAUUUUGAAGGAAAGCCACGUGAAGAUGCUCCCUAUGCACAGAGAGCUCCAGUUAAGAAACAUCCUGAUAAUCUGCACAUGGAAGGUGACUUCACUGCUCCUACACCUGAAAAAGCUCCACGUGGGGAACGAGCCCCCGUUAAACGACAAACUGACAAUCUGCACAUGACAGGAGAAUUCCAAGGAAAAGAAGAAGAACAUACAUUUAUUCGAGGAGAAAGAGUACAAGUGGUUCGACGAGAAGACAACUUGCACAUGGAAGGAGAAUUCACUGGAAAAGAACAUGAGCAGAUAACAAUUGGUGAAAGAGCAAAAAUAAAAAAACAUGAGGACAACCUUCAUAUGGUUGGAGACUUCACUGGGAAACCUCGUCAAGAAGUGCCACAUGCAGAAAGGGCUCCCAUCAAAAAACAUCCAGAUAAUCUUCAUAUGGAUGGUGAUUUCUAUGCACCAUCACAUGAAGAUGCCCCAAAAGGAGAACGUGCCCCUGUUAAAAGGCAAAAAGACAAUUUGCGCAUGACAGGUGAAUUCCAAGGAAAAGAGGAGGAACACAAAAUUAUUUAUGGAGAGAGAAUGCAGGUAGUUCGACGAGAAGACAACUUGCGCAUGGAAGGAGAAUUCACUGGAAAGGAACAUGAGCAGAUAACAAUUGGUGAAAGAGCAGUAAUAAAGAAACAUGAAGACAAUCUUCGUAUGGUAGGUGAGUUUACUGGAAAACCACAUGAAGAUGUCCCCUAUGCACAGAGAGCUCCUGUCACAAAACAUCCUGACAAUCUUCGUAUGGAUGGAGACUUCUAUGCUCCAUCACCUGGAGAGGUUCCAAGAGGAGAACGUGCUCCAGUCAAGAAACAUCCUGAUAAUCUUAAGAUGGCUGGUGACUUUGAAGGAAAGCCACGUGAAGAUGCUCCCUAUGCACAGAGAGCCCCUGUCACAAAACAUCCUGAUAAUCUUCGUAUGGAUGGAGAUUUCUAUGCUCCAAUACCUGGAGAGGCUCCAAGAGGAGAACGUGCUCCAGUAAAGAAACAUCCCGAUAACCUUAAGAUGGCUGGUGACUUUGAAGGAAAGCCACGUGAAGAUGCGCCGUAUGCACAGAGAGCUCCUGUCAAAAAACAUCCUGACAAUCUUCGUAUGGAUGGAGAUUUCUAUGCUCCAAUACCUGGAGAGGCUCCAAGAGGAGAACGUGCUCCAGUCAAGAAACAUCCUGAUAAUCUUAAGAUGGCUGGUGACUUUGAAGGAAAGCCACGUGAAGAUGCCCCCUAUGCACAGAGGGCUCCUGUCACAAAGCAUCCUGAUAAUCUUCGUAUGGAUGGAGAUUUUUAUGCUCCAUCACCUGGAGAGGCUCCAAGAGGAGAACGUGCUCCUGUCAAGAAGCAUCCAGAUAACCUUAAAAUGGCUGGUGACUUUGAAGGAAAGCCUCGAGAAGAUGCACCGUAUGCACAGAGAGCCCCUGUCACAAAACAUCCUGAUAAUCUUCGUAUGGAUGGAGAUUUCUAUGCUCCAACACCUGGAGAGGCUCCAAGAGGAGAACGUGCGCCAGUCAAGAAACAUCCCGAUAACCUAAAGAUGGCUGGUGACUUUGAAGGAAAGCCACGUGAAGAUGCACCCCAUGCAGCAAGAGCUCCAGUAAAGAAACAUCCUGACAAUCUGCGCAUGGAAGGUGAUUUCAUUGCUCCUAUACCUGAAGAAGCUCCACGUGGUGAACGAGCUCCAGUAAAGAGACAAGCUGACAACCUGCACAUGACAGGAGAAUUCCAAGGAAAAGAAGAACACACAAUUACUCGAGGAGAAAGAGUGCAAGUCAUUCGAAGAGAAGACAACUUGCGCAUGGAAGGAGAAUUUAUUGGAAAAGAACAUGAGCAGGUAACAAUUGGUGAGAGGGCAACAGUUAGAAAACAUGAAGACAAUCUUCGUAUGGUUGGUGAGUUUACUGGAAAAACAUACGAAGAUGCACCACAUGCAGAAAGGGCUCCUGUCAAAAGACAUCCAGAUAAUCUACGUAUGGAUGGUGAUUUCUAUGCACCAUCACCUGAAGAUGCCCCAAGAGGAGAACGUGCUCCAGUCAAGAAACAUCCUGAUAACCUUAAGAUGGCUGGUGACUUUGAAGGAAAGCCACGUGAAGAUGCCCCAUAUGCACAGAGAGCCCCUGUCACAAAACAUCCAGACAAUCUUCGUAUGGAUGGAGAUUUCUAUGCUCCAACACCUGGAGAGGCUCCAAGGGGAGAACGUGCUCCAGUCAAAAAACAUCCAGAUAACCUUAAGAUGGCUGGUGACUUUGAAGGAAAGCCACGUGAAGAUGCCCCAUAUGCACAGAGAGCCCCUGUCACAAAACAUCCAGACAAUCUUCGUAUGGAUGGAGAUUUCUAUGCUCCAACACCUGGAGAGGCUCCAAGGGGAGAACGUGCUCCAGUCAAGAAACAUCCAGAUAACCUUAAGAUGGCUGGUGACUUUGAAGGAAAGCCACGUGAAGAUGCCCCAUAUGCACAGAGAGCCCCUGUCACAAAACAUCCAGACAAUCUUCGUAUGGAUGGAGAUUUCUAUGCUCCAACACCUGGAGAGGCUCCAAGGGGAGAACGUGCUCCAGUCAAGAAACAUCCAGAUAACCUUAAGAUGGCUGGUGACUUUGAAGGAAAGCCUCGGGAAGAUGCACCAUAUGCACAGAGAGCCCCUGUCACAAAACAUCCAGACAAUCUUCGUAUGGAUGGAGAUUUCUAUGCUCCAACACCUGGAGAGGCUCCAAGAGGAGAGCGUGCUCCAGUCAAGAAACAUCCCGAUAACCUUAAGAUGGCUGGUGACUUUGAAGGAAAGCCUCGAGAAGAUGCACCCUAUGCAGCAAGAGCUCCCGUAAAGAAACAUCCUGACAAUCUGCGCAUGGAAGGUGAUUUCAUUGCUCCUAUACCUGAAGAAGCUCCACGUGGUGAACGAGCUCCAGUAAAGCGACAAGCUGACAAUCUGCACAUGACAGGAGAAUUCCAAGGGAAAGAAGAACACACAAUUACUCGAGGAGAAAGAGUGCAAGUAGUUCGAAGAGAAGACAACUUGCGCAUGGAAGGAGAAUUUAUUGGAAAAGAACAUGAGCAGGUAACAAUUGGUGAGAGAGCAACAGUUAGAAAACAUGAAGACAAUCUUCGAAUGGUUGGUGAGUUUACUGGAAAAACAUAUGAAGAUGCGCCACAUGCAGAAAGGGCUCCUGUCAAAAGACAUCCAGAUAAUCUUCGUAUGGAUGGUGAUUUCUAUGCACCAUCACCUGAAGAUGCCCCAAGAGGAGAACGUGCUCCAGUGAAGAAACAUCCCGAUAACCUAAAGAUGGCCGGUGACUUUGAAGGAAAGCCACGUGAAGAUGCUCCCUAUGCACAGAGAGCCCCUAUCACAAAACAUCCUGACAAUCUUCGUAUGGAUGGAGAUUUCUAUGCUCCAACACCUGGAGAGGCUCCAAGAGGAGAACGUGCUCCAGUCAAGAAACAUCCUGAUAACCUUAAGAUGGCUGGUGACUUUGAAGGAAAACCUCGAGAAGAUGCACCGUAUGCACAAAGAGCCCCUGUUACAAAACAUCCUGACAAUCUUCAUAUGGAUGGAGAUUUCUAUGCUCCAACACCUGGAGAAGCUCCAAGAGGAGAACGUGCUCCUGUGAAGAAGCAUCCUGACAACCUUAAGAUGAUUGGAGACUUUGAAGGAAAGCCUCGAGAAGAUGCACCUUAUGCAGCAAGAGCUCCCGUAAAGAAACAUCCUGACAAUCUUCGUAUGGAUGGAGAUUUCUAUGCACCAACACCUGGAGAGGCUCCAAGAGGAGAACGUGCUCCAGUCAAGAAACAUCCUGAUAACCUUAAGAUGGCUGGUGACUUUGAAGGAAAGCCACGUGAAGAUGCACCAUAUGCACAGAGAGCCCCUGUCACAAAACAUCCAGACAAUCUUCGUAUGGAUGGAGACUUCUAUGCUCCAAUACCUGGAGAGGCUCCAAGAGGAGAACGUGCUCCUGUCAAGAAACAUCCCGAUAACCUAAAGAUGGCUGGUGAUUUUGAAGGAAAGCCACGUGAAGAUGCUCCCUAUGCACAGAGAGCCCCUGUCACAAAACAUCCAGACAAUCUUCGUAUGGAUGGAGAUUUCUAUGCUCCAACACCUGGAGAGGCUCCAAGAGGAGAACGUGCUCCAGUCAAGAAACAUCCUGAUAACCUUAAGAUGGCUGGUGACUUUGAAGGAAAGCCACGUGAAGAUGCACCAUAUGCACAGAGAGCCCCUGUCACAAAACAUCCAGACAAUCUUCGUAUGGAUGGAGAUUUCUAUGCUCCAACACCUGGAGAGGCUCCAAGAGGAGAACGUGCUCCAGUUAAGAAACAUCCUGAUAACCUUAAGAUGGCUGGUGACUUUGAAGGAAAGCCACGUGAAGAUGCUCCCUAUGCACAGAGAGCCCCUGUCACAAAACAUCCAGACAACCUUCGUAUGGAUGGAGAUUUCUAUGCUCCAACACCUGGAGAGGCUCCAAGAGGAGAACGUGCUCCUGUCAAGAAGCAUCCUGAUAACCUAAAGAUGGCUGGUGACUUUGAAGGAAAGCCACGUGAAGAUGCUCCCUAUGCACAGAGAGCCCCUGUCACAAAACAUCCUGACAAUCUUCGUAUGGAUGGAGAUUUCUAUGCUCCAACACCUGGAGAGGCUCCAAGAGGAGAACGUGCUCCAGUCAAGAAACAUCCUGAUAACCUUAAGAUGGCUGGUGACUUUGAAGGAAAGCCCCGGGAAGAUGCACCAUUUGUACAGAGAGCCCCUGUCACAAAACAUCCUGACAACCUUCGUAUGGAUGGAGAUUUCUAUGCUCCAACACCUGGAGAGGCUCCAAGAGGAGAACGUGCUCCUGUCAAGAAGCAUCCCGAUAACCUUAAGAUGGCUGGUGAUUUUGAAGGAAAGCCACGUGAAGAUGCUCCCUAUGCACAGAGAGCCCCUGUCACAAAACAUCCUGACAAUCUUCGUAUGGAUGGAGAUUUCUAUGCUCCAACACCUGGAGAGGCUCCAAGAGGAGAACGUGCACCAGUCAAGAAACAUCCCGAUAACCUUAAGAUGGCUGGUGAUUUUGAAGGAAAGCCACGUGAAGAUGCUCCCUAUGCACAGAGAGCCCCUGUCACAAAACAUCCCGACAAUCUUCGUAUGGAUGGAGAUUUCUAUGCUCCAACACCUGGAGAGGCUCCAAGAGGAGAGCGUGCUCCAGUCAAGAAACAUCCUGAUAACCUUAAGAUGGCAGGUGACUUUGAAGGAAAGCCUCGGGAAGAUGCACCGUAUGCACAGAGAGCCCCUGUCACAAAACAUCCUGACAAUCUUCGUAUGGAUGGAGAUUUCUAUGCUCCAACACAUGAAGAGGCUCCAAGAGGAGAGCGUGCUCCAGUCAAGAAACAUCCCGAUAAUCUUAAGAUGGCUGGUGACUUUGAAGGAAAGCCACGUGAAGAUGCACCCCAUGCAGCAAGAGCUCCUGUAAAGAAACAUCCUGACAAUCUGCGCAUGGAAGGUGAUUUCAUUGCUCCUAUACCUGAAGAAGCUCCGCGUGGUGAACGAGCUCCAGUAAAGCGACAAGCUGACAAUCUGCACAUGACAGGAGAAUUCCAAGGAAAAGAAGAACACACAAUCACUCGAGGAGAAAGAGUGCAAGUCGUUCGAAGAGAAGACAACUUGCGCAUGGAAGGAGAAUUUAUUGGAAAAGAACAUGAGCAGGUAACAAUUGGUGAGAGAGCAACAAUUCGAAAACAUGAAGACAAUCUUCGAAUGGUUGGUGAGUUUACUGGGAAAACAUAUGAAGAUGCACCACAUGCAGAAAGAGCUCCUGUCAAAAGACAUCCAGAUAAUCUUCGUAUGGAUGGGGAUUUCUAUGCACCAUCACCUGAAGAUGCCCCAAGAGGAGAACGUGCUCCAGUCAAGAAACAUCCUGAUAACCUUAAGAUGGCUGGUGACUUUGAAGGAAAGCCACGUGAAGAUGCACCAUAUGCACAGAGAGCCCCUGUCACAAAACAUCCUGACAAUCUUCGUAUGGAUGGAGAUUUCUAUGCUCCAACACCUGGAGAGGCUCCAAGAGGAGAACGUGCUCCAGUCAAGAAACAUCCUGAUAACCUUAAGAUGGCUGGUGAUUUUGAAGGAAAGCCACGUGAAGAUGCUCCCUAUGCACAGAGAGCCCCUGUCACAAAACAUCCCGACAAUCUUCGUAUGGAUGGAGAUUUCUAUGCUCCAACACCUGGAGAGGCUCCAAGAGGAGAGCGUGCUCCAGUCAAGAAACAUCUUGAUAACCUUAAGAUGGCAGGUGACUUUGAAGGAAAGCCUCGGGAAGAUGCACCGUAUGCACAGAGAGCCCCUGUCACAAAACAUCCAGAUAAUCUUCGUAUGGAUGGAGAUUUCUAUGCUCCAACACCUGAAGAGGCUCCAAGAGGAGAGCGUGCUCCAGUCAAGAAACAUCCCGAUAACCUAAAGAUGGCUGGUGACUUUGAAGGAAAGCCACGUGAAGAUGCACCCCAUGCAGCAAGAGCUCCUGUAAAGAAACAUCCUGACAAUCUGCGCAUGGAAGGUGAUUUCAUUGCUCCUAUACCUGAAGAAGCUCCACGUGGUGAACGAGCUCCAGUAAAGCGACAAGCUGACAAUCUGCACAUGACAGGAGAAUUCCAAGGAAAAGAAGAACACAAAAUUACUCGAGGAGAAAGAGUGCAAGUCGUUCGAAGAGAAGACAACUUGCGCAUGGAAGGAGAAUUUAUUGGAAAAGAACAUGAGCAGGUAACAAUUGGUGAGAGAGCAACAAUUCGAAAACAUGAAGACAAUCUUCGAAUGGUUGGCGAGUUUACUGGGAAAACAUAUGAAGAUGCACCACAUGCAGAAAGAGCUCCUGUCAAAAGACAUCCAGAUAAUCUUCGUAUGGAUGGGGAUUUCUAUGCACCAUCACCUGAAGAUGCCCCAAGAGGAGAACGUGCUCCAGUAAAGAAACAUCCUGAUAACCUUAAGAUGGCUGGUGACUUUGAAGGAAAGCCACGGGAAGAUGCACCAUAUGCACAGAGAGCCCCUGUCACAAAACAUCCAGACAAUCUUCGUAUGGAUGGAGAUUUCUAUGCUCCAACACCUGGAGAGGCUCCAAGAGGAGAACGUGCUCCAGUCAAGAAACAUCCUGAUAACCUUAAGAUGGCUGGUGAGUUUGAAGGAAAACCUCGGGAAGAUGCACCAUAUGCACAGAGAGCCCCUGUCACAAAACAUCCUGAUAAUCUUCGUAUGGAUGGAGAUUUCUAUGCCCCAACACCUGAAGAGGCUCCAAGAGGAGAACGUGCUCCAGUCAAGAAACAUCCUGAUAACCUUAAGAUGGCUGGUGACUUUGAAGGAAAGCCACGUGAAGAUGCACCAUAUGCACAGAGAGCCCCUGUCACAAAACAUCCUGAUAACCUUCGUAUGGAUGGAGAUUUCUAUGCUCCAACACCUGGAGAGGCUCCAAGAGGAGAACGUGCUCCAGUCAAGAAACAUCCUGAUAACCUUAAGAUGGCUGGUGACUUUGAAGGAAAACCUCGGGAAGAUGCACCAUAUGCACAGAGAGCCCCUGUCACAAAACAUCCAGACAAUCUUCGUAUGGAUGGAGACUUCUAUGCCCCAACACCAGGAGAGGCUCCAAGAGGAGAACGUGCUCCAGUCAAGAAACAUCCUGAUAACCUUAAAAUGGCUGGUGACUUUGAAGGAAAGCCUCGGGAAGAUGCACCGUUUGCACAGAGAGCCCCUGUCACAAAACAUCCAGACAAUCUUCGUAUGGAUGGAGAUUUCUAUGCUCCAACACCUGGAGAGGCUCCAAGAGGAGAACGUGCUCCAGUCAAGAAACAUCCUGAUAACCUUAAGAUGGCUGGUGACUUUGAAGGAAAGCCACGUGAAGAUGCACCAUAUGCACAGAGAGCCCCUGUCACAAAACAUCCUGAUAACCUUCGUAUGGAUGGAGAUUUCUAUGCUCCAACACCUGGAGAGGCUCCAAGAGGAGAACGUGCUCCAGUCAAGAAACAUCCUGAUAACCUUAAGAUGGCAGGUGACUUUGAAGGAAAGCCUCGGGAAGAUGCACCGUAUGCACAAAGAGCCCCUGUCACAAAACAUCCAGACAAUCUUCGUAUGGAUGGAGAUUUCUAUGCUCCAACACCUGGAGAGGCUCCAAGAGGAGAACGUGCUCCAGUCAAGAAACAUCCUGAUAACCUUAAGAUGGCUGGUGACUUUGAAGGAAAGCCACGUGAAGAUGCACCAUAUGCACAGAGAGCCCCUGUCACAAAACAUCCUGAUAACCUUCGUAUGGAUGGAGAUUUCUAUGCUCCAACACCUGGAGAGGCUCCAAGAGGAGAACGUGCUCCAGUCAAGAAACAUCCAGAUAACCUUAAGAUGGCAGGUGACUUUGAAGGAAAGCCUCGGGAAGAUGCACCGUAUGCACAAAGAGCCCCUGUUACAAAACAUCCUGACAAUCUUCAUAUGGAUGGAGAUUUCUAUGCUCCAACACCUGGAGAGGCUCCAAGAGGAGAACGUGCGCCAGUCAAGAAGCAUCCCGAUAACCUUAAGAUGGCUGGUGACUUUGAAGGAAAGCCUCGUGAAGAUGCACCCUAUGCAACAAGAGCUCCCGUAAAGAAACAUCCUGACAAUCUGCGCAUGGAAGGUGAUUUUAUUGCUCCUAUACCUGAAGAAGCUCCACGUGGUGAACGAGCUUCAGUAAAGCGACAAGCUGACAAUCUGCACAUGACAGGAGAAUUCCAAGGAAAAGAAGAACACACAAUUACUCGAGGAGAAAGAGUGCAAGUCGUUCGAAGAGAAGACAACUUGCGCAUGGAAGGAGAAUUUAUUGGAAAAGAACAUGAGCAGGUAACAAUUGGUGAGAGGGCAACAGUUAGAAAAUACGAAGACAAUCUUCGAAUGGUUGGUGAGUUUACUGGAAAAAUAUAUGAAGAUGCACCACAUGCAGAAAGGGCUCCUGUCAAAAGACAUCCAGAUAAUCUUCGUAUGGAUGGUGAUUUCUAUGCACCAUCACCUGAAGAUGCCCCAAGAGGAGAACGUGCUCCAGUCAAGAAACAUCCUGAUAACCUUAAGAUGGCUGGUGACUUUGAAGGAAAGCCACGUGAAGAUGCACCAUAUGCACAGAGAGCCCCUGUCACAAAACAUCCAGACAAUCUUCGUAUGGAUGGAGAUUUCUAUGCUCCAGCACCUGGAGAGGCUCCAAGAGGAGAACGUGCUCCAGUCAAGAAACAUCCUGAUAACCUUAAGAUGGCUGGUGACUUUGAAGGAAAGCCACGUGAAGAUGCUCCCUAUGCACAGAGAGCCCCUGUCACAAAACAUCCAGACAAUCUUCGUAUGGAUGGAGAUUUCUAUGCUCCAACACCUGGAGAGGCUCCAAGAGGAGAACGUGCUCCAGUCAAGAAACAUCCUGAUAACCUUAAGAUGGCUGGUGACUUUGAAGGAAAACCUCGAGAAGAUGCACCGUAUGCACAAAGAGCCCCUGUUACAAAACAUCCUGACAAUCUUCAUAUGGAUGGAGAUUUCUAUGCUCCAACACCUGGAGAAGCUCCAAGAGGAGAACGUGCUCCUGUGAAGAAGCAUCCUGACAACCUUAAGAUGAUUGGAGACUUUGAAGGAAAGCCUCGAGAAGAUGCACCUUAUGCAGCAAGAGCUCCCGUAAAGAAACAUCCUGACAAUCUUCGUAUGGAUGGAGAUUUCUAUGCACCAACACCUGGAGAGGCUCCAAGAGGAGAACGUGCUCCAGUCAAGAAACAUCCUGAUAACCUUAAGAUGGCUGGUGACUUUGAAGGAAAGCCACGUGAAGAUGCGCCAUAUGCACAGAGAGCCCCUGUCACAAAACAUCCUGACAAUCUUCGUAUGGAUGGAGAUUUCUAUGCUCCAACACCGGGAGACGCUCCAAGAGGAGAACGUGCUCCUGUCAAGAAACAUCCUGAUAACCUUAAGAUGGCUGGUGACUUUGAAGGGAAGCCACGUGAAGACGCACCAUAUGCACUGAGAGCCCCUGUCACAAAACAUCCUGAUAACCUUCGUAUGGAUGGAGAUUUCUAUGCACCAUUACCAGAAGAUGCUCCAAAAGGAGACCGUGCUCCUGUGAAAAAGCAUCCUGACAAUUUGAGGAUGGUUGGUGACUUUGAAGGAAAGCCUAGAGAAGAUGCUCCUUAUGCUGAGAGGGCUCCAGUUAAGAAACAUCCUGAUAACCUUCAUAUGGAUGGUGAUUUCUAUGCACCAUCACCUGAAGAUGCUCCACGAGGCGAACGGGCUCCAAUUAAAAAACAUGAUGAUAACCUUCGAAUGACAGGGAAAUUCCAUGGGAAGGAAGAUGAGUACAGAAUCAUUCGUGGAGAAAGGGUUGAUGUUGUUCGUCGUGAAGACAACUUACGUAUGGAAGGAGAGUUUAUUGGUAAGGAGUACGAGCAAGUUACCAAGGGAGAGAGAGCACCUGUCAAAAAACAUCCUGACAAUCUUAGAAUGACUGGGGAUUUCUAUGCUCCUACACCAGGGGAUGCUCCACAUUUUGAACGUGCUCCAGUCAAGAGGCAUCCUGAUCAUCUGAGGCCAGAAGGUGACUUUAGUGGUCGCCCAAAAGAUGAGACUGUGCAUGGAGAAAGAGCACAAAUAAAACGUCACGAAGAUAAUCUGCAUAUGGAAGGUGAAUGGACUGGUCAGUCAAGCACACACUUUGAUUAUCCAGUAGUUUCUGGUAUUCGCAGUGAGGUUCAUCGCCAAUCUGAUACCCUAAGACAGGAAGGAGAAUUUAUGGGCAAGACACAAUUUAGUGAUGAUUAUCAGCUCCAUCAGGUACAGCGAGCCCAAACAGUAAAGCAUGCUGACAACCUUACCAUUGAAGGCACAUAUCAUCAUGACACCCUCCAAAGAGAAGAAUAUAAAAUUCAUAAGGGAGUUCGAGCUGAAAUUAAGAAAUAUGAUGACAACCUACACAUGGAGGGAGAGUUUACUGGACGUCAUCAUGAUAAAGCUCCAGUAAGGGGAGAGCGAGCUCCUGUUGUCCACCAUCCUGAUCAUCUACGCACAGAUGGAGAAUUUGAGGGAAAACCAACCGAGGAAGCUCCUCACGGAGAACGUGCUUCUAUUAAGAAGUACCCAGACAAUCUUAAAAUGGAAGGUACAUUUGAAGGAAAACCUCUUGAAAGCCCUCUGAAAGGUGAACGGGCUACAAUUAAGAGACAUGAAGAUUCAUUAAAAAUGGAAGGGAGCUUUGAAGGAUGGAGGAAGUCUGCAGCUACUAAAGGUGAACGAGCUGAUGUUACGAGACACACUGACAAUCUCCGCAUGGAGGGUGACAUGACCUUUGUUAAAGAUGAGGCAGCAAUUAGGGGUGAGAGAGCACAAAUUUCUAAGCAUGCUGACAAUCUUAAAAUGGAAGGAGAGCUGGAAAUCACAAAAACAUCAUAUGCUACUAAAGGUGAAAGGGUAACUGUACAAAAACAUGAAGAUUCUCUGAAACUUGAAGGAGAUAUGAUCAUCACUAAAAAAGAAAUGGCAACAAAGGGAGAGAGAGCUGAAAUAAAAAAACAGCAAGAUCACCUGAAAACUGAGGGUGAGUUUGAAGGAAAGAAGGAAACGGCUAUUGUACAAAAAGGUGAGAGAGCUGAAAUCAAGAAGCAACGAGAUAAUUUGAAGAUGGAAGGAGACUUGAGUAUUGAAAAGAAGACUUCAGUAAUGAAGGGAGAGAGAGCUGUUAUUAAAAAGCAUGAAGACUCACUUAAAAUGGAAGGGAAAUUUGAGGGCCGUAGAAAGUCUGCCACUUUUGGAAAAGGUGAAAGAGCAGAUGUAAAGAAACCAAAGGACAACCUUAAACAAGAAGGAGAAUUUGAUGGAGCUCGCAAGACUUCAGUUGUAAAGGGUGAAAGAGCUGUAAUUAAGAAACAAGAAGAUCACUUGAAAAUGGAAGGGACACUGGAUGUCUCAAAGGAAUCUACUAUUAUCACAAAAGGUGAACGGGUGGCAAUCAAGAAGCAUGAAGACCAUUUGAAGAUGGAAGGUAACUUUGAGGGAAGAAGAAAGAGUGCAUCAACAUUCAAAGGAGAACGUGUUGAAAUUAGAAAACAUGAAGAUAAUCUGAAGAUGGAGGGAAAAUUUGAAGGGUUCCAGAGAACAAGUACUCCUACUAAAGAUGGAGUAAAGAGAAAUGAAACUUUCAGAGUGAAAGGAGAAAGAGCACAAAUAACGAAACAUCAGGACAACUUAAAGAUUGAGGGUGAAUUCUAUAAUCACUCACCUGAAGUUAGCCCAAUCAAAGGAGACAGGGCAGAAGUGAAGAAACCAAAAGACAAUCUUUCAGUUAGUGGCACUUUUGAUGGACGACCAAAAGGCUCACCAGGCACGGGAGAACGGCCAUCACCAUAUAAAUAUGAUGACAACCUUAAAAUGGAAGGUGACUUUGAAGGCAGAAGGAAAGGCUCUCCUGGAAAAGGUGACCGUCUUCCACAAAAGAGACAUCCAGACAACCUCAGACUAGAGGGUGACAUUGAUGGGCGCUCCAAGGAUAGCCCAGGAGUGGGUGAGCGACUUCCUCAAAAACGAUAUCCAGACAAUCUAAAAAUGGAAGGUAGUUUUGAGGCGAAACCAAAAGAGAGCCCAGGAGUAGGUGACCGAUUUACACAGAAGAGGUAUCCAGAUAACCUCAAAUCAGAGGGUGACUUUGAAGGUACAGGUAGUGCAAAAAGCCCAGGAGCUGGUGAACGUCUUCCACAAAAACGUUAUCCAGAUAAUCUCAAAAUGGAAGGUGACUUUGAAGGACGAGGUCGCACUUCUCCAGGUAAAGGUGAUAGAGUUUCUCCGACAAAGCAUGGGGACAGUCUAACGUUAGAGGGGGAAUUCACUGGGUCCAGAAGGGACAGCAGCAUUACCAAUGGAAAGGCAGAGGUUAAAGAAACUAAAGUCACUGCUGCAGCAGCAAGCAGCACAAAGAGCCGGAGAGAUACAGUUGUACUAAAAUCCGGAGAAACAGUGGCCACUAAAACAGAGGAAACAAAAUCUGUUCAAAAGUCCAGCUCAGAUAAAAUUGACUCGGGUUCACAAAGAGAUGUACAGACAAUUGAGUCAUACACUGCUGAUGGUCGAAAAGUUACAAGGGUCAUUACCAAAGAAAGCCGAGAGACUAAGUCAGCCUCAAGAGUAGAGUCUAGAGCCACAAGUGUAAAGAGUACCUCAGAACAGCGGAAGAUAUCUUCUGCUGAAGCUAAGAUUGAAUCUUCAAGUACUGUUACAACUCAAGGAUCAUCAAAUGGUCAGACAUUAAAGGCAAGAUCUCCUCAGCCAGGAACUUCUCCCACUACACCUUCAGGUCGCCCUCGGCACAACCAGUCCUCCUUUUCCCUUGGUGAAGAUGUAAGUGUAAUGGAAACUAGAACACGCACCAGUGGAGUUCAGAAAUCGGCCUCCAAUAGUCAAAUUAGUCUAGAUAAAAAAUUAGAAUCAACAGCCUCCACACGAGAGAUGGCAUCAUCUCUUCGUCAGGCUGAUGCCCUCGAUCUUCGUGGCAGCAGCAAGACAGACACAGUGCAUGGAACAACCCACUCCUCCCACACAGUAGGGGGGACCCAAGAAGAGUAUCGUAAAUGGUCUGCAAAUCACCAGCAGCAGAGUGAGCAGCGGCGAGUGUCCAGCAGCAGCACCAGUCGGACUGAGCAGCGAGUGGCCCGAGGUCGUGGUAACUCCUCAUCAAUCACCUUUCACUCUGAGUAUGACCCUUGGCAUGAUGCGACUAUAACUAGACGGGGUGAGUGGCAGAUUGUUACGCCCUGCCCAGCCUCCCUUCUUGAGACCAGAGCAUCUACUUACAAACCUGCACAUAGUGGAAAAGAUCACAAAUUCUAUCUUCCGAUAGUUGAGUGAUCGAGAUGCUAAAGCAUAGAGGACUUGACAUUCCUUAUAAUAUUAAAAUUUACUAUUUUUUAUCUCCUGGAGACCAAAAGGGUCUUUCUUUUUUAUGCACAGCAAUGCUCAUUUUAACCUGUGAUUUUUACUGCCUUAUGACCUACUCCGGUGUAUAUACAAUAAAAGCUUCAAACUGUGAUGAAUUAAGAAAGAAAUUUUAGUUUAACUAGUCAGCUACUAAGAAAGCUGUUUAUUAUUUGAUCAUAGACAUUGUUAAAGAAUGACAUCACAAGCUCACUUCCUAUUUUUAUAUAAUCUUGACUAAGAAUAGAUUUUUCUAAUCAAAAGAUGACAAUACAUGCUUUUAUAUUAAUUAUGGCUUAGUCAUUGAAAGGGAUAUAUUUUGUUCACUCUAGAAUUAAGUACUGUAGUAACAUAGUGUAGUUACUGGCAGCGCCACUGAUCUGUUCUUACUCGUUAAGAUCAGGGACAUCUCUCAACGAGCAACAAUAGAUGGUGGCUGUUCAGUGAGCCUCUGUCCCCGGCCAUAUUAGGCCCAAGACAGACGGCUUGGCCCCCGGCAUGUUGUGACCUACUGACUCAGCCUGUGGCCCAGCCCAGACCUCAGUUUUCUUACCACACUGGGCUAUAGCUUUUUUCUCAAAAUGGUGCUUGGUUGUUUAAUUUAUGUGUUUUUAUAUUGAAAGAUAUGUGCAUUUAUGCAUUUAAAGCAUUUUUAAAUGAAAAUACAGUUUAUAUAAAUAUGAAGUUUAAUACUUUUUCUUCUAUGGAUGUAUUAUUUAUUUAUUAGAGAAACUGAUUGUGUUAGAUGACUUUUACUUUGUGUUGGAGCUUGGCGAGAGUCAAGCUGCAAGUUUGUUGGUGCCAUAAGUCAGCUGGGAGGCGAGGAGUGGUGUCUCGCCACCUUCAAGUGUUCACAACAACGAUGGCCACUAUAAUACCCAAGCUUGAGACAAGGCAAUAAAUUAAAAUUUAUUGAUCCUGAGUCUGUUUAAGUGCCCUGGGAAAAUAAUACUCCUACUCUUGGAACAACACUGAAUCCAGACACAAACAUGCACAAGCACAUGUACUGUAUACAAAAACACACAUUUCUGCUUGCACAGCUCCAUGUGUAUCAACAGUUUUCAUGCACACUUAUUGUUUCAUUUAACAGUCACAGACUCUUAAUGCAAAUCACUUUAUGUAUACAGUAUGUAUAUAGCUGCUAAUUGCUGCAUACAUUUCAAAAUUCACAAAAGUCAUCAUUAUAUAUGAGUCCAAUAUAAAAAGUGCCAAGGAACUGAUGCUUCCUCAUAGCAUGUAAUUCCUGAAGGAUGACAUUCGCUUUGUGAUUUUUGGGAUGGCCACUGUAUUCUCUAAGAUUUUUAUAAUUUUGUUACUGUUAAGCCUAUUCAAGUCUUGGGUUCAUUUAUUAUUUUGAUGGUCUCACUCAGCUAAGAAUCGUUGCUUUCUGCUAUAUGCACACUGGAGAUAGCUUCUUCUGUGCUUCAUAUUAUUAAGAUGCAAAAUGUAUAAAAAAAUUGAAUGUGAUACUACAGUUAGUCCGACAAUAAAGUGCUCGCUUAUUU